UAAAAAGGGUGGCGAAAGAAAUAGGUCCGAAACAGAUAGCACGCAUAAUUGUUGGAGCUCCAAACCAGGCCGGACUCCUCCCUAGCUCCGCCAAGCGCCGCCGUACGCUCUGAAAUCUUCCGUCGUUUCCGCCCUCUCCGCUUCCGGCCUUCCGAUCUGGCUCUCUGACGUUUAUUGUUGUUCUUGUUUAUCUUCUCCAGUCAUACCAAAUGGCCAACAGAGUUCAAAUUCCUACCAACAGUUCAGCACUUAUUGCCAUGAUUGCAGAUGAGGAUACUGUAGUUGGAUUUCUGUUGGCUGGAGUGGGAAAUGUUGACAUACGCAGGAAGACAAAUUACCUCAUUGUGGAUUCAAAAACAACUGUCAAACAAAUUGAGGAUGCAUUCAAAGAAUUUACAACAAGGGAGGAUAUUGCAAUUGUGCUAAUUAGCCAAUAUGUUGCGAAUAUGAUAAGGUUUUUGGUUGAUAGUUAUAACAAGCCUGUUCCUGCAAUACUUGAAAUCCCUUCUAAAGACCAUCCUUAUGAUCCAGCACAUGAUUCGGUUCUUUCACGCGUAAAGUAUCUCUUUAAUACCGAAUCAGUAGCAUCUGGGAGACGCUGAAUUCACCCCUUUGCAGUUGCAGCUGUUUGGGUGUUUAUUGUUUUCUUUGUACAUUAUGGUUAAUAAUCUUUUCUUGAAAUUUACUGAGUUCAAUGUAGCUUAAAUAAUUUGUGCUGUCUGGGGAUAAUUUAUAUUCCAGUCAUAGAACUUCAAGAUGGGCGAAUAUUUUAUGGUGUCAUGUCAGAUUCAGAUUAGCUUGAAAUAUGCACUUCUGUCAUCUCUUAUUGACUAAUUUCAUCCGUGUGAUUGAAGUUUGCA